AUGACUGAAGAGGGUGUGCCUAGUGCUGAGUCUUCGGUCGUUGGGUUCAUGCAGCCUGCAACAGGGUGUCCCAGUUCUGGUAUGGUGCCACUCAGUCUAGGCCAGAUUAACCGAAUGGAAGGCUCGAUUUUCAAGUCAACUCCACUUCACUACGUCACUUCGUCCAGGCCUGGCUGCAUUUCCGGCCCGGCCUCCUCGGCUCAUCAACACCCGCAACGAUCCUGUUGUGUUACAUAA